CAUGCUGCGUUUUCAAAUACUCCAAAAACCUGGUAACUGCUUCGUUAGUUACUCUCUCUCCCCUUCACUGGGUUCUUAUCAACUACGCUAAGCCUCACACUAUGGGCCUCCUAGACCACUUGUGGGACGACACCGUCGCCGGUCCUCCUCCGGACAACGGCCUCGGCAAGCUCCGAAAGCACCACACCUUCGCUUUCAGAUCUGCCUCCGGCACCGGCAAGGAAUCGGAGACGGGGAACGUGAGAUCGUACGGUGUAGAAUCACCGGAGGAUCCGGUGAAAGUGACACGUAGUAUCAUGAUCGUGAAACCACCUGGCUACCAGAAUCAGAGUGGAUCCGCACCGGCUUCUCCCGCCGGUUCUACUCCUCCGGUGUCUCCGUUUUCCGGUAAGGAGGAAGUAGAGAGUCCUUUCGGUUUCGAAGAAGGUCGACCUCAGAUGCGUACGAGAAGGCAGCGGGGCAAAACAGAUCAAGCACUACUUCUCCUUUCGAUGUGUGAGAAAUGAAAUGAGAGAUCCUGGCCUCUUCGAUCUUCCCUUGAUGAUGAGUGAACUGAUGACUGAAGAUAUGUUUCUUUUUUUUUUGUCUCCUUCCUUUGGCCCUUUGCUCCAUCCAGUUUUGUUAAUAGUGGUCUUUUCCCCCUUUUGUAUUAUAUUUUUUAUUUUUUAUAUAAUAAUAAUAUAUGUAGGUAGAUAAAUAAUGUGGUUAUACUACUUAUUAGGAGUUUGAGAUCCUGCGAGAGUUCAUGCGAGCUACCUAGGUGUGUGGUUUAGCAUCUAAUAGGCUUAACUGUCUGUGCUGAUGUUUUUUUCUUAAGAUGUAAAUAUGGAAGUAUAAUGGGGUAGUAGUGGUGUAUGAUAUUAUAUCAUGUUAUGUACAUAGAGCUUUCCAAAGUUU